AGUUGGCUCCGGUGGCGAGGAGGGAUCGGGCGGAAACGACGGACUCAAGGGAGACAAGGGUGACCCGGGUCCGGACGGGGAGAGUGGAGAGAGGGCGGAGAUCGGGUCAAAGGGCAGCGACGGGCCAGUUGGUGACUCGGGCAUCGUGGGCGUCAGGGGUUUGGAAGGGAAGAUUGGCAAACCUGGAGAGAGAGGAAAACUUGGACGGAAGGGUGACAAGGGUCAGCUGGGCCCCGUGGGGGAGCAGGGCACCACGGGCCUCGUCGGGAAGGAUGGAGACACGGGGAUCAAAGGCGUUCGCGGCAGCAGAGGCCCAAUGGGUACACCGGGGCGAAUGGGAGUCCACGGCGAAUCGGGGAUCCCGGGGAAUUCGGGGCACAAGGGCCCUCUGGGCCCAAGAGGAAUAUCUGGGCACAAAGGUGAAAAGGGAGAGCAAGGGGAAGACUGGAAGGGAGCAGGACCCACCGGACCGCCCGGCGAGAGAGGGCCCCAAGGCAGCUCUGGAGAGAAGGGGCUCUCGGGAGAUCAGGGAUAUCCGGGUCUGGUUGGCGUUCUUGGCUCAAGAGGCCAAGAAGGGCAACAGGGAACCCCUGGCAACACAGGCCCCCCUGGAAUCGAUGGCGCUAAAGGAGCCAAAGGCUACAAGGGACAGGCAGGGAAGUCUGGAGCGGUCGGUGCACGGGGAAACCCAGGUCUUCCAGGGGUCAUGGGGCCUCCCGGGCCGAAGGGCGUGGGGGGCCAGGAGGGGGCGGCCGGGGACUACGGAGCGGAUGGCGUCACCGGGGAGAACGGCCAGCCUGGUUCUCCCGGAGAUCGGGGCGACGACGGGGAGGAGGGUGCGGACGGCUCUGCGGGUGCCACGGGCGAACCGGGGAAUCAUGGCGUGCCCGGUCUCCACGGACCCACGGGUUUCAAGGGAGGGAUGGGUUUGCCUGGGCAGGGCGGUCCAACCGGGAUGAGAGGAUCGGAGGGCACCACGGGGAUAGCCGGAGAGACCGGAUCGCCAGGCAGCAAAGGGAAGCCCGGAGACUCUGGAGAAGCGGGCUUCAGUGGAAUGCAAGGUCCAAUCGGCCCAAAGGGAUACCGGGGCGACGCGGGGCCGUACGGGAUCAUCGGACCGCGAGGAUCUCCGGGAAUGAUCGGCAGCUCUGGUGUGGCUGGGCCCUCUGGCCUCUCGGGGCCAAACGGAGUUCCCGUAAGUACCCGGGGGCGAUCCCACGUGGCCCGGGGUCAAAAGGUCACCGUGCCCCAGCCAUCGCUUGCUUUUUCCCCUGCUGCCAGAUGCUGGCAGCCGUUUGCACGGCAGUGGGGCGGCUCGUGA